UGUUUUUUUUUUUCCGUCCCUUUUGCGACAGAGCGACGGGAAUGGAGCAAGCACCCAGCGCGCCGAGCCCUCCUCCAAAACCGGCCCAUCACGAGCCCAUCAGCUUCGGCAUCGACCAGAUCCUGGGAGCCGGUACAGAGCCAGAAAACGGGCGCACGGCUGGAAGGCAAAGUGGAUCAGAUUUAAGCAGCGGGGACGGUUAUUACAGUUUGGGAAGCCCGACCGGGGCCAGUGCUCCCUCUUACACCGCGCUAUCUAUCUCCCUCUCCGGUAUAAUGCCUCCGGUGGAGGCUUCGGGUUCAUACGGAGAGAGCAGGAGUCUGGGCAGCCGGGGAGUGAUUCGAGUCCCAGCCCACAGACCCGUGACAGCCCCGGGACCGCCAGCCUCCGUCCAGGGCGCUGUCCCUGGAUUUGGAGGGCUGUGCUUCCCCUGGAUAGGAAAUAGGUUCGCCAAGGACAGAAUAUCAGCCGCUCUCGUGCCGUUCGCCGUCACGCGGCGGAUAGGACACCCGUACCAGAACCGGACACCCCCCAAACGGAAAAAGCCCCGCACGUCCUUCUCCAGAGUUCAGAUCUGCGAGCUGGAGAAGCGCUUCCACCGGCAGAAGUACCUGGCCAGCGCCGAGCGGGCAGCUCUGGCCAAGAGUCUGAAGAUGACGGACGCGCAGGUCAAAACCUGGUUUCAGAACCGCAGGACCAAGUGGAGGAGACAGACAGCUGAGGAGAGGGAGGCGGAGCGUCAGCAGGCCAAUCGUCUCAUCCUGCAGCUGCAGCAGUCCGCCCUACAGAAGUCUCUCAGCGAAUCAGCGGUGUCGGAUCCACUGUGCGCCCACAACUCCUCCCUGUACGCCCUGCAGAACCUCCAACCCUGGGCCGAGGACAGGGAAUAGGGACCAAACACCAUGCUGCAUCAAUAAGCAUCAUCUAUUAUCCCUAGGAGGAUAAAUAAAUUCAAUUAGGCCUACAUGAGGACAGCGGGACUUACUUUGAUCCAUGAAAUGGAGAAAAAAAAUAAAUGUUGGACCAGAGAAACUGAAGAGUGGGCCGCAGCCAUUAGAGUGGAUGGUUGUGAAACAGGACCUGAAAUGAUGGUGAGUGAUGCCUGUCUUGAAGCAGAAACAGAACUUUCUUGGACUAAAUCUUGCAACUCUGUACUUGGGAACAGUGAGACUUUUCAAAUUCAAAGCGGAGCUGAAACAGAACUUGUCAUUAAAAUCUCUUGUCACCCUGUGAUCGCCCUCUUAUGCUUGUACUUAUUCUGUUUAUUGGAAUAAGAGGGAGAAAGAAAUUCCCGAUGGAGGUAAUAAUUUUUUUUCACAGUGAGACACAGCGUGGUUGAACAGUUAGUGAAGGUGUUUUCUCUCAACACAAAGAUCUCCUUACACAUUGAAAGGGUGAGCUCUGUUU